CCGGGACAGUGAUGGCUGCAGCUGAUUCCUCUGAACGGAGCUGCGGGAAAUACUGAGCGAUGAGGAGCGGCGUGUGGCUUGCAGGCAGCCUGGCUGGAGGACUAUGCUGUGUUUAUCCACUGGGUGGCGCCUCCUGAGCCGAGCUCGCCCCCCCCGCGCCACCGCUCUGUCCGUCACCAUGUACGCCACCCGCCUGUACGGCACCGGGGGGGGAGGAGGAGGGGGAGGAGGCGGAGUUAAACCUGGGAGGAGGGCGGGGCUGGCUGUUCUCGAGGCGCCUCAUCCUCCCCAUCACCACCUCCCCCACCACCCGGGCCCCCCUCCCCCCGCCUACCCGCUGUACCAGGGUCGGCCGGACGGCCACCGUGGAGCUCACUUCCACCACCACUAUCCCCCCCACCCCCACCCGCCGCCCGCCCACCUGGCCCCGCCCCCGCUUCCCCCCCACUACCAGCACCACGCCCACUUCCACGCGUAUGGAGGCGGCGCGGCGGCUGCGCCCGCCGGGGGCAAGAAGAAGACGUGGAACUUCAUCCACGAGAAGAUGAGUUACGACACUUUCUUCACCAUGAAGCGUCUGAUCGAGCGCUCGCGGCGGCCAGACGAGGUUUUGCGCUGGGUCACCCAGAACCCCGCCAAGAUCUCCCACAACCACUACCCCGUUGCCCUGCAGAAGAUCGGACAGCUGCUGCAGGCCACGCCGCCGCCGCGGCCCGGCGGAGACGCUGACGGCGAGGCUCCGGGAGGAGCGGAGGGCAGCGACGGGCGCCACAUCCUGGAGCAUCAGGACUUCCAGACGCUCUGCGGCGCCAUCGUCAACGACUGCGCCAAGUUUGACAACUUCAGUAUCGUCAACUGUCUGUACGCCGUGGCGGCGCUCGGUCUCUCCAGUGACUCUCAGGUGGUCCAGGUGUUGGAGGCAGAGUCUCAGUCCAGACUGAACCAGUUUAAUCAGAAGGACGUGUCGAUGGUGUUCAGCUCUAGUAUGAAGCUCCACCCGGGCAGCCAGCACCCGCUGACGGAGGCCUGCCUGGCCGGCCUGGAGAAGAACCUGGAGCGGGAGCGCCACCCGCAGACGCUCUUCCUGCUGCUGUCCUACUACAGACUCAAGUGGCGCUCGCUGCAGCCGCAGGACACUGCUGCAGCUGCACCUGCAGGCGGCGCUGCGACCACAACCACUGCUAACAACAACACACCUCCAAACCCUGAACAACUGCUCGCCAACAGGAAGAUCCUGCGUCUGGUCAAACACACGCUGGCGAGUGUCAGCGGCGUGCGGGACCAGGAGAUGGCGCUGCUGGACGAGAUGUUGGCAGCUUGCGCUCGAGAAGCAAGCAACAAGAGUCUGGAGUUAAUCUUCAGCUCUCACCUGUUCUACCAGAACCGGCAGGAGAGGUUCAUCAGCAGCCUGGCAGAGGAGCUGCCCAAGAAGGUGGACAGCAUCACGCCCUACACCAUGGCCCUGAUCGCCAAGUACAUCGCUCGCCACCGCCUCAGAGAGACCAGUCUGCUCGACACCAUCGCCGACUUCCUGGUGAAGAAAGCCGAGUACCUGGACAGCAAGGUGAUCCAGAAGCUGGUGUUCCCGUUCAGCAGGAUGAGCUACCGUCCGUCCAGCGAGCAGCAGUUCUUCUCCCGGCUGGAGGAAGUGGUGGAGCUGAAGGCGCUCAGCUCGCCGCUCGCCACCGUCAACAUCCUGAUGUCCCUGUUCCAGCUGGGUCACUUCCCGGGCCUGGUUCUGCACCGCGUCUUCUCCUCCGCCUUCAUCAGCAACGUCACCAACAGUCCGUACGCGCUGAUCGUCCGGCGGUACCUGUCCCUGCUGGACGCCGCCGUGGAGCUGGAGUACCACGAGUACACCGGGCCCAGACUGCAGGACGCACACAAGGUUCUGAUGUUCGACCACGCGCUGACCGCCGACGAGGUCAACCGCAAGUACAGUUAUAAAGGUCUGGUGGCCGAGGCUCUGCGUCAGCUGGUCGGAGAACAAAACUACAAACAGGACGAAGUACUCGCUCCAGGAUACUACACAGACUUCGUCCUGUGGAUGGACGGUUCUGGUCGGGUUCUCCCGGUCCGGCCCGGCGCCGGUUUGGCCCUCAGCAUCGUUCCUCCGUCCUGCGUUGCCGUGGCGACGAAGCCCGCUGAUGGUGCGGUUACCGUGGUGACCUCAGAGUUCCAGAAGUUCUCCCCGUUCGCGGUGCUGGAGGAGGGCAGCGAACCGGCGAUGCAGCCGGUUGCCAUGGAGACCAGGUCCUUCCUGCCCCACCGGGGCGCGCCGGGGGCCUCGGCGCCUUCGGGGGCCCCUCGGCCCGGAGCCAACGGCGGCCCCCUGGACUACGGGCCCUACUACGUCCCCGCCGCAGAGUACUACUCCGGUCUGGCCAAGGAGCACUCGCUGGAGAGCCAGGACAGCUCCACGCUCAGCAGCCCCCCCUCCGACGGUCUGGCCCCCCCGGGGGCUCCGGGGCCCGCGGGGGCCGCCGCCCCGGACUCGCUGUUCCAGUUCUCCAUCGGGAAGAUCCUGGAGGACGAGGGCGGGGCGGGGACUCCCGGGGGCCAGGGGCCGGACCGCGAGCUGCCGGGGUUCUACGAAGGAGCGGCGUACCCCGAGGGACCCGGGGCCGACAGGAGAACCUCGUCGCCGCCGCAGCUCCACCCCCCCGACCGACCCGAUGCAGAGAACCCCCCCGCAGACCAGAGACACAUCAGGAGGAUCAUCAUGUCUGUUAAUGAUAAAUGGCACUACUGCCACAACUCUGAGGUUCUAGUGGGUUCUAGAGCCAUGAGGGACCGGCACCUGAGACUGCUGGGGUACAUCAUCCUGCAGCUUCCGUAUCAUGAGCUGGAGAAGCUGAACGGCAUCGAGGAGGUGAAGAAGUACCUGCACCAGAAGCUGCUGGACGUCCCACUAUGACCCUGUGUGUGUGUGUGUGUGUGUGUGUGUGUGUGUGUCAGGUGUGUGUGUGUGUGUGUGUGUGUGAUGUCACGGCUGGUCAGUUUUUUAGACGCUUCGUCUCUCAAACAUCAUAAAUUCUGUUUUUGUGUCACAAACUGAAUAUUUUGGGUUUUUUUCUAAAGAGUGAUAAAC